AUGCAUUUCUGUAGCUGUGCACUCAUUGCACUGUUGCUCGCUGUAGCCUCGGCAGACCACCAUCUCCACCACAACCGUGGUUCUGAAGACCAUAUGAGCUGCCACAAGCUCUCUGCUCCUAAUGCUGACUUUGCCUUUGCCCUGUACAAACGUCUGAAUGCGAGGACUGCUGCUGGAAACAACAUUUUCUUCUCACCACUGGGCAUCUCCACUGCCCUGUCCGUACUGUCUACUGGGGCCCAUAGUGAAACCCACAGCCAGCUGUUCUCCAGCCUGGGCUACAGCACCUUAAACCAGACUCAGGUCAAUGAAGCCUACCAACAUCUUUUCCACGUGCUUGGACAAAGCCAGGAGAACCAAAAGCUGGAUGUUGGCAAUACCAUUGCAGUGCACUCAGGUUUCAGUCCCCUGGAGAAGUUUCUGAAUGAUGUCAAGCAGCAUUACUCUGGUGAGGUCUUACAAAUCAACUUUACUAACCCUGCUGAGGCUGCAGAUAAAAUCAACAGACACAUUGCCAAUAAAACACAGGACAAGAUCAAAGAUAUGGUGAACGAUGUUGACCCUGAAACGAUGAUGAUGCUCAUUAACUAUGUCUAUUUUAAAGGAUACUGGAAGAAACCAUUUAAUAGUGAAAUGACACAUAAGGCGGACUUCCAUGUUGACAGCAGGACCAAAGUUCAGGUUGACAUGAUGGUAAGGACGGGAUACUACCACAUCUUUGAGGACAGAGCGAACCACACCAGCAUCAUCUUGCUGCCAUACGAGAGUCACACCUCCAUGAUGAUUGUCCUUCCUGAUGAAGGCUGGAUGAGGAGUGUAGAGGAAAACAUCAACAAGGACCAUAUAAGAAACUGGCAAAACUCAGCAUCUAUGAUGUAUGUGGAACUUUAUAUGCCAAAAUUUUCCAUUGCCACUAAUGCCUCCUUGAGGAAUAUAUUGCAAGAAAUGGGCAUCACAAGUGCUUUUGAAAACACCGCGGAUUUCUCUGCUGUGUCAAACAAGUUUCCACUUAAAGUAUCAAAGGCAUCCCACAAGGCCACGAUCAGUGUCACCGAGAUGGGAACAGAGGCAGCAGCCAUCACCAUUUCUGAAUGGAUCCUACUGACUACACCAACACCCGUCAGAAUUGACAGGCCCUUCUUAGUUUUCAUUGUAGAAAACUCGACUGGAAGCAUCCUCUUCAUGGGCAGGAUCAACAAACCAACAGCUUCAUAA